AACGGCAUUCGGCAGCGAUCGACGAUCGCGAGACGCAGCGAAAGUGCGCUCUCCAGCUCCAGCUCCAGCUCCGGCUCCGGCACAGGCAGUUGGGCAGUCGCCAGUCGUCUCCGGCAGUGCGGCCAGUGUAGAACAAGGCGGUGCGGUGCGAUCGUCACGGAUUACAAUCACGGACAGGAGGCCCCAGAUGCUGUACUAGGCGCGUGUUGGCGUUGAGUAUUUUUGGCGAAAGUGUUCGAAGUAGUUUCCCCGUCCUCUCGGUGUACCAUCGCCGCAUAAUCUACUACUACUCAUCGCCAUCGUCGCCAUUGUCAUCGACGUCAGCAGCAGCAGCAGCAACAUGUCGUCCAGCGUGAGGUUCGCAUCGAACCGCCUGCUCCUAAUGCUGCUAAGUGGCCUAUUGUUCGUCCUAAUCUGUGAUAUUGAUCGUGUGCUGGGAGCGUCCGUAUACAAAUCGCCCAAUCUCGACGAUGCACGCCACUGGAAGCGAACGGCGGAGAACUACCUGAAGCAGGUACUGUCGUACGACGAAAACCGUCGCAUGAAACCAUCGGUGGCCAAGAAUGUCAUCAUCUUCGUCGGCGACGGGAUGGGCAUCGCGUCGCUCUCGACCGGCCGCAUCUACAAGGGCCAACGUGCUGGCCGCUCCGGCGAGGAGGAGCAGCUCAGCUUCGACACCUUCCCGAACACGGGCAUGUCGAAGACGUACAACACCGACCGGCAGGUACCGGAUUCGGCCGGUACUGCGACGGCCAUGUUUUCGGGCAUCAAAACGCGGUACGGCGUCGUCGGUGCUGACUACACGAUCACCGAAACGAACCUGGAGGCGGCCAAGGUCCCCUCGUUCAUGGAGUGGGCCCAAGAGGAAGGCAAACGGACGGGUAUCGUGACGACGACACGCAUUACGCAUGCCACACCCGCCGCCUGCUAUGCGCACACGAUCAACCGGAACUACGAGUGCGGUGCCAAGAUACCGGUCGGGAUGAAGAGCCGCAUCAAGGAUAUUGCCCGGCAGCUGGUUGAGGAUGAACCGGGCCGGAACAUGAAUGUGAUACUCGGUGGUGGACGGAACUGUUUCGGUGCACCCGUUCCCGAUCAUCUAAAGUCGGAGUAUCGCUUCAAUGGGGCGAUGGAGAAGCCCUGCCUGAGGACGGACGGACGCAAUCUGGUGAAUGACUGGCAGCAGCUAAAGAACGGUACGAAAGCGCAGUACGCCUGGAAGACGGCCGAUUUGCGGGCGGUUGCGCUGGAUGAGGUGGACCAUCUGCUCGGGCUGUUUGCGGACGAUCACAUGAGCUACGAUACGAUACGGAACCGGGACGACGACGGUGAACCGUCGCUUAGUGAGAUGACGGAGGCCGCCAUUCGGGUGCUGCAACGACCGGGAAGUGCCGGUUUUGCGUUGAUGGUCGAAGGUGGACGUAUUGAUCAUGCGCAUCAUCAGAACCAUGCACAUCUAGCGCUGGCCGAAGUGGUGGAACUGGACCGGGCCGUCGAGACGGCCCUCAAGUUGGUGGAUCUGGACGAAACGCUCAUCAUCGUGACGGCCGAUCAUUCCCAUGCGAUGACGUUUAAUGGAUAUCCGGACCGGGGCAAUGAUAUUCUAGGUUUCGGUAAUCGACCGAAUGCGACGGCCUACGAAACCAUCACCUAUGCCAAUGGGCCCGGAUUCCUGCAGCACCGCUGGAACGAUACGCUACUGACGGAGGACGCCGAUUGGGGUACCUGGGUGAAAGUGGGCCAGCUCAAUCGUUCCGACAUUACCUACCGCCAUCUGUCCGCCUUUCCGCUCGGCGAUGAGACGCACGGUGGUGAGGAUGUGGCCGUGUUUGCGGCGGGGCCCGGGGCUAGCCUUGUGCGUGGUACCUUCGAGCAGAACUACAUCGCGUACGUGAUGAGCUUUGCCGGGUGUAUGGGACCGGCCAAGCGGCUCAACGUGGCCUGCGAUGAUGAGUUCCGGCUCGAGUUUAAUCAAUCGUCGGGAGCGGCUGGAUCGCACCCGGCGGCCAUCAUCAUCACCACCACUACCAGUAUUGCGCUAGUCAUCGCGCUUGUCGUGCGGAAUCUUUUUUAAACACGCGCAACGCCCAAGCUGUCGUGUCGUGCUGCUCUGUUGUAUCAUUUUGUUAUACUGUAUGUGGGUUAAGUGUUAGAAAUAGAUGUUGUGAAGUGGAAGAAUCGAGAUAUUCCAACGAACACUAUCUCCGCCCGUCGUUUCUUUCUUUUAUGCUCAGCUGCUUUUACGCUCUUUCUUCCAUUACAUUGUGCAUAAAAGAUCCUGCACAGGUAUUAAUUGAAAGCCGUUUCUUUCAAACGCCCUUUUCGAUAGACGAGACACACCUUUCCGUUCGU